AUAUAAAUUUUAUGCUCCAUCGCUUUAAGAAUUUACGCACUAAGCAAAACUUCCUUUGAAGUCAGAUUCAGUCUCAGAAAAAGCUUUUAAGAUAUUUCUCUACAAGUUUUGGUAUUGAUCCGACUAUCUACUCUGUCAUCACUGGAUUUGGAAAGUCAGCUGUGGCUAUUAUCAGAGUCUCUGGCAGAGACACUUAUAAAUGUCUGAAUUUACUCGAGGAAUCAUCUGAAAGAGGCCAGAAAUAUCUUGAAUCUUUGACUAAAGAUGAGACUUUGAAGAAAUACAGAGUCAAGCCAAGGUAUAGCCACUACCGAUCUUUUUACGACAUUUUCUCUCGAAAUUGGCCUAAACAGAUGGACUCAGGUCUUCUGAUAUACAAUGUUGCACCUCAUAGCUUUACUGGAGAGGACACUGUUGAGUUUCAUCUACAUGGAAGUAUGAUGGUUAAGCAGCUGAUGCUUCGAUCUCUUUCGAAAUUUCCCAAUUAUAGGCAAGCUGAACCAGGAGAAUUCACUAAAAGGGCGAUGUUUAAUGGAAAGUUAGAUGCUCUUAAAGCAGAAGCCAUAAAUGACCUGAUCAAUGCUGAGUCUGAAAAUCAACAUUAUCAGUCAAUCAAGCAGUUAGGAGGGAGACAUAGCCUGAUUUUUGAAGAAAUUAGAGAGGAAAUCAUCAAAAUUAUGGCCCAUGCAGAAGCCUUUAUUGAGUUUGAAGAAGAUGAAGAUGAUGUAGAGCAGGAAGUCAUGGCCCAAGUCUCUCAAAGAGUCAAGAAGCUUCUUCUGACUCUCAAAGGAUACCUUGAUGAUAAUGGCAUUGGAGAGAUUAUUAGGGAAGGUGUCAAAAUUGCAAUUGCUGGUCCUCCAAAUGCAGGGAAGUCAAGUCUUAUCAAUGAACUUGCGAAAAGUGAUGUUGCCAUAGUUUCUGAUAUUCCAGGGACAACAAGAGACCCAAUCUCUGUAAAUCUAAAUAUCUCCUUGAACUCCAAGGAAAAUUUGAGCCAUUACGGUUCACAAAUGGUCACUGUGACUGAUACAGCUGGGCUUAGGUCUACAGAGAAUCCUAUUGAGAAAAUGGGAAUUUCUAAGACACUUUCCCUUGUGUCUUCUUCGCAAUGAAUCUAUUUACUCUCAAUGGAGAAUUUGGAGCUUGUUGGGUCAAACUUCAAGGUUAGGGAUCUUGAAGUCGAGGAUCAACUUCUCCAAGUUCUACAGAAGAACAAGGAGGCUGUUCUUGUUGUCAAUAAGGUUGAUCUGAUUCCAGAAGUAAUCGAUGUCUCACAAGUUCUUCUAAGAACAGGGGUGAGACUCACUCCUAUUCUUUGAUCAGUAACUGCUGGUACGAACCUAAAAGAUGUUCAUGAUGCAAUCAAGAAUUUAGUUUCGAAGUCCCUUGAAACUUCCCAUCAGGAUGUGAUCAUCACUCGGGAGAGACAUCGGGUUCUUCUUGAAGAAGCUGUAAUGUUCUUGGAAAGGUUCCUCAAGCAACCACAGAUAGAUAUGGUAGAAGAACUCAGAAUAGCAAUGUAUUCCAUCAGCAAGAUUUUAGGCCAUAUUGACAUUGAGGAGAUUUAUGACACCUUAUUCCAUGACUUUUGUAUUGGAAAAUAACAUUCAGCUUUAA